AUGUCCCGUUAUCAACAGCGCGUCAUGAGCGACCUCGAGGAGACUCUGGCUUCCCUGAGCUUCAAAACAGUACCAUCCCUGACGCCCCUUGACUCACAAGUGCAAUCCGGCGAAGCCAUUUUACCUGACCUACCGGAUGGCUACGAAGCCCAUGGGUGUCACUAUGUCCUUGGCUGGACUGAAAUAGAUCAUUUGCAGGCCCUCGGCCGGGCGUACUAUAAAGGCGACUCGACCCGCCAGGUCGAUUGGGACUGUAUCGCUAUGGCGCAGCUCAAGCUCAUGGCAGGCUACCACAACCUUUACUGGGCUUCCGCACUACCCGAUGACGUCCUCGUGCCCCCGCCCGCAUACGCUGGUCGCCCUCAGGGAUGUCCUCUAGUUUUUGCGAUAUUGAGUUCAGCAACCAUGGACUCGCCCAGCGCUCGAUUGUCGCAGGCGCAGUACGACUGGUUGGUGGCAGCCUUCGACGCCAUAUCUCCGUCACUUCUGGUCUUCGGCAUUCAUAUGGCCUCGCUAGAUCUCCCGCAAUGA